AUGACUGCAGUAGCUACAAACAUAGUUAACGGUAUAUUAGGAGACGCAAUUCCCAAUUAUUUACUAUCAGUUAUUCAUAAUCACUUGAAGCUUAUUGCAGCAAAUUCCACGCAUAUUGAUAUAAACAAUGUUGUUGAAGAAACAGCAGUAGAAAAGGCAAUAAAUAACAAAAUAGACGAACUUAAAUCGUAUUUACAAGAUGAAUAUAUAGUAAAUGCAACGGAUAAAAUUUUUCAAGAUCAAACGAAAAUUGUAGAGUCAAUAAGCAAAGACAAACAUGGUUUGAGGGAAAAGGAAAAUCAAUCUAAACAUAACGCGAAAUAUAUCCGACUGAGAAAGAAAAUAGACAAAGCAUUAAAAAAAGAAUUGAUUUCAGAUAAAGCUUACGAUUUAGUCAUAAAAACAUUAGAUAAUCUAAUAGCUAAAUUAGUUGGAAGUCAGUGUAACUCGAAAAAUAAAGGUACCCGAAUUCGUACCCCAAAAAUAUUGAAUGAUCUAUGGAAUGAAGAAUGGAAACGUUUAAAAAAUAACUAUCUCCAGAAAAUAAAAGUAAACGACAAAGAGCAGAUACGAGAACUAAAGUCAUUUUUCGAUGGAUUGUACACGUUUUUUUCCUUCAUCAUUAAAGACAUGGGAUUUCUUUCUAACAGGCAUAAAAUUAAAUGUGAAUAUAUGGAUAAACCAAUAUAUAGAGAGCAUGGAGAUUUUGAAUGCGACUCGGAUUCUGAAAAUCAUAAUAAUGACUGCAAACGAUUUGUGAUAUGUUCAAAGGAACUUAAGAAUUUCAUGUUAGAUUUCUAUAACUUUAUUAAUGACACAACGGUGAGUGUUAUAAGAAAUUAUGCAGAAAUGUACAUCAGAGAUACCGAUAACUUCGCAGAAAAGCCAACAAUUGUUUCAUCCAUUAACACUACAAGUAUUAAAAUGGAGAAAGCAAUAGUGGAUAUAUUUAUCAAAAACACUAAAGCAAUUAAAUUGGAUAGUAAACAAUCUAAAGAAGGCAAUAUUAAAUCCCUAUCUAAUUAUGUACGAGCAACAAUUUCAGAGAUAAAAAAUAAUGCUAACAAUUAUUUAGGCAACGAAUUAAAAGGUACUAAAGCCAAGUUAUCGUCAGGAAUAAAGGAUGAUCUGAACAUAAGCUUAAAAGUAGAUUUAGAAAAUCUACAAAGAGAAGUACUUGGAAGAAUUUGUUUUGCAUUCAGAUUUUGCAACGGUAAAUAUAAAGGCAGACGAAAUGGUGACGUUGAUAAUAGCAACAUCGAAAUUGAAUCAGAAAUCAAAGAAUUAUUCAAUUUGACAAAUUAUAGACGUCUAUUCGAUAUUAAAAGUGAUAAAAACAGUUUCAGAAGUAAAAAUUAUACCUACGCUACUAUGAAUGUUACGAGGACUACACUAUUCAGGGUUCCGAUUUGA